UCCAAGAUAUAUAAAUUUUUUUUGACAGAUAAAUAUAUCAAAUCGACCCGUUUGACAGAUAAAUAUAUGCGCAAUCUGAGAUUGCGCAUCGUCUAUUGCUACGGAUAUGGAAAAAUAGUUACGAUCAACUACACUUGGGAUCAAGGUGUUAUAAAUGACAAGGUGAAGUUGUUCAGAGCAAAAUGACAUUUCUCGACUUGACAUUUCUCUUCCGGGGGCUCCGGUCAAGGACCGUAAAGAUAUCAGGUCAAGUUAUAAACCCGUUUUGACAGCUAGAUAGAAGAAGAAUCGACGAAGAAAACUGACAGUUAGUUUUCCGCGUUUGGCGAACGCUUCAAGUUCUCGAAGGAAAAUUUCCAUUUUAAAUCGGGUGUUCUAAUAAACUAAAAUAUUCACCCAAAUUGAUCUCCACCAAAUAUUGACCAUGCAAAACGUAAACAAUCCAUCAAUACAUAUACAAGCGGAAAACCAUCUGUCAAAAUCGGAGCCCAGGGGGGGAUCGCCAAAAGCGCUAUAACUACACCUCAUUAUACAUUCCACCUUGGCUCCGGUAUAAAAAUCGGGGAGGGGUGGUGCGGGGUAAUGAAAUUUGUAUGCAGAGAGUGACAGAUGUCCCCCACAAUGUCGCCCAGCAAAAGCGAUAAAAAUCAACCUUCUAAAUACAUUAUCCUUGAUUGGGAUGGCACUUGGGGCGAGUUCGCAAGCUGCUCGAAUUUGUUUAGCAGGCAGAUACACCAUCUUCCUGUAUUCACCUUGUGCAACAUCGAGUGAAUUGACACUGCCUGUAAACACAAUCGUUCCAAAACGAUCACAAAGGUGGCCUGGCGGCAUUCGGGAACGCAUGCUAUUGUUCGUAUCAUAUUCGCAGUAACUUUCGUGGUGAACGUGUCGCAAAUUAAAGCGAAAUUAACCCCACAGCGUUUCGCAACGGAAGUGAUCAGACACUGGGAAGCAUAUUGAAAAACGGAGACAACGCGGUACAAUAUUCCAGAUUUUUACCAACGUAAAAUUCGGCAUUGGGUGUUUCGUGAUGAUGAUGCAGAACGAGUCCACUGCGGCCAUGACCUCGGAUGCGGGAGGCCAAACGAGUCAAGCCAAACGAGGCUUGGCGAGCAAGGGAAAGAUAGCAGCGCAUUACCCCUACCAAAUGAGGAUUGAACCGCGGGCAGAAGGGUUCCUUGCUGAUAUUGUGUUCUGUUGUAUAUGUCAGCCGGCCCUCUACAUCCGUCCCUUUGGGACGGAAUUUGCGCAGCAGAUGGAUUGGUUGCACCAGAAUGUGCAGGCCGUGGCAGCGUCCCAGAUGCAGGCAGCAGGCGAGCAGGAGCAGGCGGUUAUGUUCGUGACGGGUGCACCAUGCCUUGCUCGGUACAGUGAGGAUGGGUCAUACUACCGGGCAAUCAUAGAGAAGGUGGACGAUGUGCAAGAUGCCGUCCAUGUCCUGUACGUGGAUUAUCUCAGUAAGGAAAUUUUGCCGAAGAGGGAUAUCUGCGAGUGCCCGCUAGAAUUGCGUUUGAUACCGCUGAGUUAUGCAUGUGUGCGGCUGGCGGGCGUUCAGCCAAACGCCACACGACCCAUUGCAGAGGUUUACGGACGGCUGCAGGAGCUUCUUGAAGCAGCAUCAUUUUACGUGCGAGUCAUCCAGCGCCCUGACGUGAAGGAGAGUACGAGUAUGCCAGAGGUAGAGCUCUUCACGGCGAAGGACUGCCAAACGCUCGCUUAUCAGACUUUAAUAGAUGAACAAUAUUUGGUUGCUGAUACCAACCAGUAAAUCAUUUGCGACACCCAUGGACAACCAAGUCCAUGGCUCUUCGCUAACUUUUAUUACUUUUUUUAUGAUUUGAUCACUACAAAUUUCGAUCGUUCAUGCUACACAGUUACGCCGCUGUUGGCAGUUCGAUUAGUAAUUCAUCACUCAUAUCUAAUGUUUUUUUUCAAGCUAGACCGUUCCUUCGCUUUGAAUUCAAUCUGAUGGCAGUUAGGUUUUUCAUUCUUUACUUACACAUUAUUCGGUUUACUUUCUCAGUUUUUGCAUUUAUAACAUUUAACUACCCAGAUGAUAUAGAAGUAAAAGAAUUAGAUUUUUUUUGUAUUUGAACUAUGAGCAAUUAUAAUAAAACCCAAGCAAAAAACAUAAACAACACAAGUGGUUUAUCUCUCAGUUUAUUUUAAUCGCACUGUUUAAGAGAGGUGUAGCAAGGGUAGCAUUUUUGUGUGAGUGUGUUGUACCUGUAUUGAUAUCGUCCGUUUGGUUACAAGGGUCAUCUUAAAAUAAUCAACUUAUGUUAAAUAUGUUUCUAUUUUUUAGCAUGCAAUAAUCCCAAUUUCAACGUUUUGUAUUUACCACUGUGUCCAUCGCAACGUAUGUUUAAGGUCCAGCGGCGAGGCUCCCAAGCUACUGUGUCAUCACAAGAAAAAGAAGUGAAACGAUGGAAC